ACUUCCGCCCGGGGCCGGAAGUGCGGGGUCCUGGCGGGAUGGCAGCGGCGAAGGUGAAGCAGGACAUGCCCCCGCCAGGGGGCUACGGCCCCAUCGACUACAAGCGGAACCUGCCGCGCCGAGGACUGUCGGGCUACAGCAUGUUCGCCUUGGGCAUCGGAACCUUGCUUUACGGGUACUGGAGCAUGAUGAAGUGGAAUCGUGAGCGCAGGCGCCUGCAGAUAGAGGAAAUGGAGGCCCGCAUUGCGAUGAUGCCACUGUUCCAGGCUGAGCGGGACCGCAGGGUGCUGCAGAUGAUGCGUGAGAACCUGGAGGAGGAGGCCAUCAUCAUGAAGGACGUGCCGGGCUGGAAGGUGGGCGAGUCUACGUUCCACACCACGCGCUGGGUGCCCCCAGGCAUCGGUGAGCUCUAUGUGUUCCGCACACCGGAAGAGAUCUUCAACGCCAGCUACGGCUUCAUGUGGUUCUCGGCGUAGGGCGCCCGCACAGAGAAUAAACACAUAUGCCCACCCAGA